AUGAUGCACGUACCGGACCACCUGUCUGUGACAGGUGCCGACCUUAUGCAGAUGGAUCCGCUCAAUAGAUUGAUGAACAAGUUCGAAUCAGCACGGAAUGCAGUAUUGGAGAAAAUGAGUGUUCCCGAGCAUAUCACUGUCAACGGACGUACCACAUUUGUUCCAGAAGACAGAAGAGUGUAUAGAACAGCGUCACUCAAAAUGGAGGUGCCAAAUCACUUGAAUGUGUUCGAUUUGACGGAAGAUGUCAUCAACCAUAACAAUAAUCAGAAAAUGAUUGCGCCGUCUUCUAUCGAAUCAUCAAAUGUGCAAAACCCAUAUGAAGAAGUGAAAUUGAUGCAGAAGAGAAUGGUUGUUCUUAUGGGUCGACUCGGAGUUCUUGAAAACCAAGUUGUUGUACAAAAACGAAGAGAAAAGGGACUACUUCUAGUGCUGAUUGGUGCCGUCCUUCACAUUGCAUACACCUAUCUUCGACGUUAA